AGAAGAGAGUGUGUGUGCGUGUCUCUGUAUGUGCGCGUGGAUUGCACCACCGCAUCCCGUUCACCGUUUCUGCAGGCGGCCAUGCUCUGAUGGAGAGAAUAAAACUGACAAGCCUUUCUUUUUCCUUAGAUUUACCCACCGCCGUAUCAUUCCAGAUGUGACUGACAAGUCGUUUUAUGUCGCCCGCAUUGAGUCCUGUGCUGUUCACCUCAGAGAGACUGUGACACCAUGGCUUUGGUUAUGGAACCUAUAAGUAAAUGGACACCAAAGCAAGUGCUGGACUGGAUGAAAGGUCUGGACGACUGUCUCCAGCAGUACGUGAAGAGUUUCGAAAGGGAGCAAAUGGGGGGAGAACAGCUGCUGCACAUCACCCAUCAGGAGCUGGAGGAGCUGGGUGUCACCAGAAUAGGACAUCAAGAGCUCAUCCUGGAAGCUGUCGACCUCCUCUGUGCUCUGAACUACGGCCUCGAGACAGAGAAUCUCCGGACGUUGUCCCACAAGCUCAAUGCUUCGGCGAAAAACCUCCAGAACUUCAUCCUGGGUCGGCGGAGGGGCGGACACUACGAUGGACGAGCUUCUCGGAGGUUACCCAAUGACUUCCUCACCUCGGUGGUCGAUCUGAUAGGAGCAGCCAAGAACCUUCUAGCAUGGCUGGACAGGUCUCCGUUUGCCAGUGUGACAGAGUAUUCAUUACUGAAGAACAACAUUGUGCAGCUCUGCCUAGAAUUAACAACCAUUGUACAACAGGAUUGCACUGUGUAUGAGACGGAGAAUAAGAUCCUCCAUGUGUGUAAGACCUUAGCGGGGAUAUGUGACCACAUCAUCUCUCUUUCGUCUGACUCUCUGGUCUCUCAGUCCGCCCAUCUGGAGGUGGUCCACCUUACCAGCAUCAUGCCCAGUGAAGGCCUGGGGAUGUACAUCAAAUCGACGUAUGAUGGACUCCAUGUCAUCACAGGAACCACAGAGAAUUCUCCGGCCGACCUGUGUAAGAAGAUCCAUGCAGGGGACGAGGUGAUCCAAGUCAACCACCAGACAGUGGUGGGCUGGCAGCUGAAGAAUCUGGUCAACGCUCUGAGAGAGGACCCGUGCGGAGUCAUCCUCACGCUGAAGAAAAGGCCCCAGAAUACCCUGAGCUCAACUCCAGCUCUGCUCAGGAACGUCCGCUGGAAACCUCUGGGCCUGCAGCCUGUCCCGACCAGCCCAACCAGCACCUCCCCUACACCCGGUGGGACUUUGGGGAUGUCCAAGAUGGACGCCCCGAGCAUGCAGGACGUUUACAUCCUCUCUCCCGUCUCUGGACUCUACAGCACCAGGGAGGAGAUGGGUCUGAUGUCAUGUGACGACAUCAGCCGCUACAGCGUGAGCUCCCAGUCCGGCUCCAAAGGCUCCGAGGCCGUCAGCUACUACCUGGACCAGGACAGCGGUCAGUUCUUCUCCCUGCUGGAGGGAGACGGACCACCGGGGCCUGACUAUGACAGGGGCCGGAAUACAGGGGUUCGCCGGCGUGACAAGACCCCCACCCAUGGUGAUCUCAGGCCUGUUUCCAUGCCCCCUGAAUAUAACUGGAUGACCGAGCCCAAGGAACCCAGCAUGGGCAAGAGAGGGAGCCGAGAUUCAGACAAUUCCCUGCUGCGUUACCUUAGUGACGACAAGAUCCUGGUGAUAGAGGAGGAGCCCGAGGGUCCUGGCAGGGAGAGCCGGAGGGAUUCCACCAGACGCUCUCGUCGCAAGAGUCGCAAUCCCAGCAGCCCGAGCUUUCCCAUCAGCCCCUCCAUGCUGUCUUCAACCCUGCGCCUAGACCAGCCCCCUGAUGCUUUGCCUCGAGGUGCAGACACGCUGCGAGCUGACACAACAGACAGGUACUCUGGCUCAGGAAGCUCAGGAGGGGCCUCCAUGAGGAAGUCUUUCCAUUACACAUCUCUAAGAACGAAAACCAAAAAGCGAAGUAAAGGUUCCCUCACUAGUGCCAGUCGGAGGAGAAUCUCCUGUAAGGACCUGGGACACGGUGACUGUGAGGGCUGGCUGUGGAAGAAGAAGGAUGCUAAAGGCUACUUCACACAGAAAUGGAGGAAGUACUGGUUUAUCCUCAAAGAGUCCUGCCUCUACUGGUACACCAACCAAAAUGAUGAGAAAGCUGAGGGCUUCAUCAGCCUCCCAGAGUUCAGAAUAGACCGAGCCAUAGAGUGCAGACGGAAAUUUGCCUUCAAAGCCUGUCAUCCCAAAAUCAAGAGCUUCUUCUUCGCCACAGAUUGUCUGGAGGAAAUGAACAGGUGGAUGAAUCGGCUUGGUCUUGCUGCCAUUGGCUACACACCAGAUGACAAAGUGCCACGCCCAGAUGAAGAUUACUGGAGUGAGAGCGAUCAAGACGAAGUCGAUGGUUCGAUGACACUCAAACAGGAGGGACCCUCCUCCCUCUGUGAUACUUAUCACCGCACACCAUCGAUGGUCUCUUCCACCUCCCCUCUCCCUUUCCAGGUCAACUCCUCCAGCCCCUUUCCGGAGCCCAAGCAUGGCCGACAUUUCUCCAGUGAGUCCACGCACUCUCACUCCUCGGCUGAGGACCAGCGUGGAGACAGCAUGGGCAUGGGUACAGGCACGGGCAGCACCAGCACCCACUCAUCGGGCUGCCGCUCCACCCAUCGUGAGCGGCGCUCCUGGCAGGACCUCAUAGAGACCCCUUUGACCAGCGCUGGGCUACACUUCCUGCAGACAGCACCGGGGGAGAGUGAAUACGGAGGCCUAAUGGGGAGCAUGGCAGGAGAUAUGGGGCUGUACGGAGGCUUGGGCAGACAGGGCAUGUCCCCGGAGAGACGCAGGCAGGCCACGCUGCCCGUACGGAGACACCACGCCGCAGAGAGGGACAGGGAACGAGACGGGCCCUUCCCUCUGGAGCGAGGUCCACACACACACAGUCACACACACCGACGCUCCCACAAGCAGCGCAGCCAGAGUCUGCCCAGGAACAGAGACCCGAUGCCAGGAAAGCUGCUACACACCUCAGCUCAUAUGGAGGAGAGGAGUGAGGACGAGGAGGCCGAGAGAGAACAGGCUGCUGAGAUGCUUCAGGGCGAGGAGGUAAAUUUGACUCUUACUGGUCCUCCCCUUGGAGUUUCAGACCUACGGGAGUUGAGAGUGGAGGGCAGAGAAAGGAGGGUGUCAGAGGGAAGGGAGCGGCGGGUGUCAGAGGGCCGCGAGCCAGAGCCCUUGGAUGGGCUAGAGCAGCUUUACCGGGCCCUGGAGCAGGCCAACGUGACAGCCCUGGGAGACCCAAAACCCUGUAGCAGGCAGGACCUUCGGAGAGUUUUCACCCAGAGAGCCAGAGACCCUCUUCUCAACGAUAGACUGCAUCGGGUCCGGGCCCUCCGCAGCACCUUGAAGGCCAAAGAAUCAGAGCUGGCAGUGAUCUGUGCCCUUCUGGAGGAUCCUGGCCUGUGCUCCCAGACCUUCAGAGAGUGGAAGCAGUGGCACGGCGAGCUCUACUCAGACAUCUGCCAGCACAGCCCCGGCACCAACGGCCAGGACGACCUCUCCCCGCUGGCUGCACCUCUCAUGACUCACACACACUCCUUCAUUGAGACACAUGUGUGAAGACGAGAGCAGAAGCAAAAACUGAACUGAUACACACAAUCACUCACACACACACACACACACACACACACACACACACACAGAGCUUUACAUUUGCAGAAUCCUCCUGCAGCAUCACGACUCUGAGCACGACCUCACACACACACACACACACACACACACACACACACACACACACACACACACACACACACACACACACACACACACACACACAUUGUAAGAUGUGUAAAUAUCAUAGAGGGAACAGUCUGAGACCUGCGUGUAUGAACUUUUGAUAAUUCUGAGGACCCCACAGGGUGCCUAUUGCAUGCCUGAACAGAAAGCAUUAAUCUUCCUUUGUCUAUGGAACUCAGCAUAAACUCAACAUGCUUGUCAAGCAAAAUGGAAAAAGGAGACUUUUUAACAUGUUUGUUCAUUUCUUACUCCUUUGUUUUGUCCUGUUGAUUUCAGGGGGCAGGGGGAGCUAUGUAGCAGCAAUACAGAGGAGAAUCCUUUUCACCACAGCACUGUACUACUUUUGUACUGAUGAACUUUGCACCCAGAGCCAACAGUUCUCCCCCUUUCUCUCUCUGUAUCUUUUUUUUUCUUCUCUCUCUUACUGCAUAUCUCAUGUAUUUAAUGGGACCUCACAUGUUUUUUCCAGGCUGAUCUGAUGGGACAGUGUGGGGGAACGUUAGGGCGGUGACUUUAGAGUGUAAGACUGUGAAAGGUAGCCAGUGAUACUGGUGUAUCUGUUUUUUUGCUGUUCCCCCGGGGAACCAAUGAAAUCAAGUGUUAUUGAAGGAACCACUGUGCUGGCUAGAUGCACACCAUUCCAAACUGUGAACUGUUAAAAAAAAAAAACAAUUGUAUCUGCAAAGGGAGGCUCCUCUGAUAGCAUGAUUCAUUUGCAUUAUCUCUGCCUCUCUUCCUUUCUUUUCCCCUCUCACUGUUCAUCUCCACCUUCUAUUCUCUUCAUCUCCUCCUUUGUUUACUUUCUCUCUCUCUCUAAUCCUCAAAGACUUGUGUAUAUGUGUAUACUGCUGUGUGUACUGAUGUAAAUGUUUGCGUUCCACUACCACUGUGAUAUGCUUCUAGAGGUAGCGGAGGGAAGACAGAGAGUAUGUAUUUGCGUGGGUGCAAACCUUUUUUUUGUGUGCGUUUAUCUUUGCUUUGUUUUUAUCUUUUAACAGUGAAUGCAAGAGCUAGAGAGUUCUUUUUCAAUGAGUCACUCACUACAAAGAAUGCACUUUCUAUAUCUCUAUAUCCCAUUGGCUGCAUCACAGGGUCUAUGUCUCAUCGGCCUCUUUACCAUUGCUGUUCAAAAUAUCAGGUAAAAGCAUUUGCCGUCUCAUUUUCUAAAGAUUUGUGUACAGUCUACAAAUAUAUUUAAACAUAGAAGAAUAUAUAAAUCUAUUUACGUUUUGUGUCAUAGAUAUAAUGUAAAGUAUGAUGUAUUCUAUGCCAAGGUUUUGCAGUGUCCCCCUCUUCACUCUGUAGACGCAGGGUGUUUAGCAGUUGAACAACUAGGAGACAAACAAACAACAACCACCAUCUUCAACAGUUGAUUGACAGUUUGACUAUUUCUAGUGGCUAUAUCACAGCUGAUCCUUCUCCUGGUGAUGUGUUGCAUGAGAAAAGGCCUGGGACUGAUUUGAUUGGACAGGGUAAAAUAUUGUGGAUCAUUUGUGUUCUUUUCUUUUCUUUCUCUCAUGAUUGCAAGAUUAGACUUGUAGCGCAUGAUACAUGCAAAACUACUGUUGAGAAAUAUUUUGAUUUAUAUAUGUCCAUCCUUUUUUUUAUUUCUUAGAUAGUGUUUGAAGACACACACUGUACAAUAACUGAGGUGGUAUUUUGGCUCCUUAGUUACUUGAUCAAAUGCAGAUCCUUCUUUAGCAUGCUACCAGGAGGUUUCAAUUUGAUGUUUUGGUUUACAGAGGCAGACUGACACGAGUCCAAAGGCUUCAGGAAUCUUACCUGAGAGAAAACAGUGCAGGUACUUUAGAAAUGAAAGCUGUUUUGAUAUUCCCUCCAAGCAUAUGGUUGACACUGGGUGGUCAAAGACCUCGACACUAAAUGGUCUGUAAUGUCUGUGAAACUCAGAUGAAUCGUUUCAUCUGCAAUAUCAGGCCAAGGACUCAACGCUGCCCCCCAGUGUCCAAGACAUUAACAGACAUGCGUAGCACCUGCUGCAUUCAGCACUAUCUGUACUUAUUCUUCAUCGUUCUUUUCUGUAGUUCUCUCAGUGUAGGUUCAGGUUUUUUCAUCAUGUCACACAUUGUUGUGAAAUAUCAAACACAGCCCACAGAUAUAGCUCAUGCUUUUUGAAUGCUUAAUUCAAGAGUACCACAAAGAAACUAAAUGAUGCAAGCACUUUCCCUGUGCCUCCCAACCCUCUCUUUGGCAACGAUGGACUGACUAUACAGGCGAUCCUACACACACACAGCUGUAGAAGAGUUCAUAUACAGUGCUAGUCUGCAGUCCUCUCUACGUUUCUCAUCUGUAACGUUGGAUUCUUUUUUUUUCAACCGCUGCUCUGCUGAGCAGGCAACAUACUGUAGAUUAAGGAGUGCGAGUUACAAUUUGUAGGCACAGACUGUGUUAUCCCUCCCAGAUCUUUGUGUGUGUAGACCUGCAGAAACAGGCCGAAAGGGGAGAUUCCACUGUGUGUUCUUUCAGGGGUGUACACCUCAUGGUACAUUGCACAGGUGUGUAAGAUGUAAGUUGCACUGCGACAUUAAAAAAGGAACAUAUUGCUCUUUUUCAAGGAUAAUAUUAGCUUACUGUUAUUCUGUACAUUAAACUGACUAAAGAUGAUAUUAAAAAAGACAGAAAAUGACAUUUAUUCUUCCUAAAGUAGCCUUUUUUGGUUUCAUAUAUAUGAAUAUAUAUUACAAAAAAUACAGAUUGUAAACUUAAGUUGUUAAACUUUGACUUCAAUAAACUGAAUCCUCUGCACUAUGA